GAGAGAGAGAGAGAGAACACAUUGUGAGAGCAGUGUGAGACCUGGAGAGGGUGGCACACAUUUUAAGAAUGAGAGUACUUCUCUGCUUUCUGCGCAGAACUGAACUGAAUCUCAGUUAGCUUUAAUUUGCAGAAACAUGUGCUUCUGAGAAACAUUCAGAGAGACUGGACGUUAGAGGAAAUACAGGAGAGAAUACGCAUUCUACUCCCUUCACUCUUUUUUUUUCUUCAGUUUUUACUCCAAUGAGAGCGAUUUUUAGGCUGUUCAUUUAGUGUUUAACAACAAGCCAAGGAAUUUGGAGAGAGCGGUAUGGGGAGCAAGGAGGAGGCCAUGGCUGUGAUACCAGGGACUAGAGCAAGGGAGCCCUGAAGAGAACUCAUCUAAGUGGGCUAAGAACACGCUGUGGCAGCUGGUUCAGAAAUGCACAAGACCUCAAUCCAUAGAGCAUAGAUACCGGAAAGGAUAACGACACAAGAAGAUGCUAUACUGAUACUGUAUACUCACUCUCACUCUGGACAAAUCAGUGAGAGAGGCUCUCUCCACCUACAUUAGUACAGCCCAGGAAGCAUCCUGCCAGGCACACAUUCCCUCUCUCUCUCUCUCUCAUCCUCCCUGGAUAGACGUGUCCGCCUGGGCUGCUGUAUUCCUAUAUGAGCCAGUUGUCGGUGGGACAGAAGAUCAUGACCGAGACCCUCCGGCUCCCCUCCUUCCAGGUGCAGGCCCCGGGGGACUGGCAGACCCCGGAUGGAGACCCAGGAUCAGAAGCCUCCGCCGGGGGAAAGGUACCCAUUGCGGGUGGUGCCUCUUCCGCCCUCUCCAGUUCUGUCACGCCGUCCCUCCGCCGCAAGCGCUUCAAGAUGCGGCGCAUGAAGAACGUGCAGAGCGAGAGCAGCGUGACCCCGGCUGUGUCUGCAGCGGCUGCCACUAUGAGGUCAGAGGUCAUGAGUAAGGGCCAGGGAUCGCACUCCUUCUCAGGGGGCAUGGAGUACUUACAGCUGCCGUCCAUCGAGAUUACACCAUCCAGCGACGAGGACGCGGCAACCACCUGGUCCAACUGCUCCACACCCAGCGCUUCGCCGCGACGCAAGCGCUUCCUGCUGCACCGCUGGCUGAACGUGCGUGAGAAGAAGGAUCACUACAGUGAGAGCAGCAGGGAGAGCAGCCUACACAGCAGCCACGAGGAGGACUCCGCUCGCUUCUUGACCCCUCACAGUCGGGAGGAGAGCACUGCUAGCAAUUCGAACCGGAGCACGCCCACUUGCUCGCCCGUCCUGCGCCAUCGCUCUCGCUCACCCACGCCCCAGCAGAGCCUGGAACCCAGUGGUGAGAACAUGGUGGAGAAGGGCCACUCGGACCCCUCCUCUGACAAGGACAAGUCACCCUCCACCAUAGAGCAGGUGGUGCAGCGCACCUACAGUCAGUCGGUACACUCCACCACACGCAGCCACGGGGCAAGAACUCCAAGCAUUGCUGUGGUACCAGGACAGACCCCGAGCAUGAGUAUUUGA